AAUGCGACUUGCCGAUAGCCCAUAAGCAGACCUAUAAACAUAUAAGCCGGCAUAUGUACAUGCGCACAUAUCUACUUAUUUCAUAUGUAUGUGCAUAUGUUUAUGACCGCGGCUUAAGUAAACAUAUUGCACACCGCACUCGAGCUAUCGACUUCGGGCCAGCUUUUGCGCACGGCGCCAAACAACUCCCAACUAACGAAACCCGAUUCGAGUGUUUUGAAGUGUAUAAAACCGAGGGGAGCAACAACGAUCAGAUCAGUGUAACAACAUUUGGCGCUUACAAAGCUAAACUUGAGUGAUCAAAAAUACAAAAUAAUUGUUUGCUAAUUUUUUCAAGUGUAUAGAAUAUACAAAAACAACAUAAAACAAAAUGCCUUGCCCAUGUGGAAGCGGAUGCAAAUGCGGCUCAGAACCUAAGACUGGCAAUUGUGGUUGCGGGUCGGCCUGCAAAUGCUGUCCCUGUGGAAGCGCUUGUAAAUGCAGUUCAGGAACUCAAAGCGGCAGUUGCGGUUGCGGUUCCAGCUGUAAAUGUGGCCAAUAACAAGCAUAAUCAAGUAACAUUGGUGGAAAUGACCGUACCUUAUUAAGUUUAAGCAGUUUUUUAAUUUAUUUUCAUAAAUACAUACAUAUAGAAGAAAAGUAUUUGAACACUUGUACGUAAUUCAAAAGUAAGUCGUAUCGCAUUUCGUUAACAAUAAACAACAAAACAGAAAGAAAUCCA